AUGAAUCUCAUCAACGGUGUUGCCCUCAUCACCACCGGCACCGCCUCUCUGUGCGACUACCGAACCCCCGGCGCCGUCAUAUCCACCGAACCCUGCGGGGUGUGGCGCAUCACCGUUCUGCAAGAAAAGCCCAACGAUUUCACCCUUAGCCGCAACGACACGCGAUCACUCACCCGCCGUGUAGUCAUGGGUCCCAUUCGUAGCGUUGUUCUUGCGAACCUAGGUUCUAUGACCCCUGAGCAGGUUUGGAGCUUCAAUGGAACGAGGAAUAUCAACCCCAGCCAGCUGCCGGUGUAUACCGGUGCCUUACGUGCGGGGGAGGCUGGCCUUGCAUUGACUACAAGGGAAAGCGUGUACCUAGAGACUGAGAAGUAUCGUGCGGUGGUGGCAGCGGAUGAUGUCCCGCCGCGCAUGUGGACGGUGAGAUACAUGCCGGAAUGGUAG